AUGGAAGCCGACCUCCUCGCAACCCAAGCCCGCGCCGCCGUCGACACCCUCACCGCGCAACUCCACCACCUCGACACGCUCUCCACACUCCCCAACUACACCGCCAUCGCACCGACACUCUCGCAGAUCCCGCACUACGAGCACAAGCUCGCGCGCCUCAAGGCGGCGAUGGCGCAGCAGCAGCGGGACGUGGCGGAGCUGAAGCGGCGGGCGCUGGAGGCCGGGGCGCGGCGGCGCGCGAACCUGCGCAGGAUCGAGGAGGCGCGCAGGGGCGAGAGGGAGAGGGAUAGAACGGUGCUGAGGGCGAGGGUGAUGGAUGAGCGGGAGGGUGAGGGUGAGGGCGAGGGCGAGGGGGAGGGGGAGGGGGAGGGUGCGGUUGAGGGCGGGGAUGCGGCGGGGACGGGGACGGGGACGGGGACGGGGACGGGGACGGGGACGGGGACGGGGACGGGGACGGGGACGGCGGCAGGAAGUGGGGUAGGGCCGGUGAGGACGGUCAGGAGGAAGAAGAAGGCGAGGGUGGCCGAGAUUCAGUGA